AGCUAUUUAGCGCGCACCACCGCUAACUAGCUAGCCGUUUCACAUCCGUAAACACUUGGCCUUCCUAGCUCGUCUUCUUAUCUUAAUUUCUAUCCUCCUUUCUUUUAUCCCCCCUACCCUUUGCUCCUAGCUCAAAAAUUUUCCAACACCCUUUCCUUUCCUUUCCUCCUAUUCUAGUUUCCUUUCCUUCUUCACUUUCUCCCUUCCCUAACUGUAUUUUCUCUUCUCCUUCCCUUUCCUAGAUCUCAAUUCAUGAUUGAUUUAAAAAUAAAAAAAUAUAUUUAAAAAAUAUCGUGUUGCUGCAGAGAUUGAAGUCAAUCAUAGGAAUGUGUGCGUAUGGAUAAUAUAAUAUUCAGAAAUACAUAGCUAUCACACAAAAUCACUAGAUGCAAAGGUUUGUUUGAAACAGAAUCAAUAUUUGACAGCGUCUUCUAUGAGCACUUCCGGUUAAAAAAACAAAUCAGUGAGAUCAGUCUCCCGAUUGGUCGAAUUUAAAAACGAGACCGGGACAGUUUUGGACGACAACAGAAGACGGAAUUUCGUUUGUGAAACAAACAAAAAAACAGAUCUGUCACGAUGAUAGAAUCGGGUUGUCACAGCACACUGGAAAACGCAGAGGAGAGAGAAAUUAACGUGGACGCCCUGAGGAAAGCCCUUUUAUCAGAGGUUCACUCACAGGAGUCGUACCUGGGAGAGCACCUGCAGGUGUACCUGCGCAUUCGACCGUUCGCAUCAACCGAAAGACAAAAUGGCGAAUCGCAGGACUGCGUUUCCAUUGAGCCCCCCGACAAGGUGCUCCUCAAGGAUCCAAGGACUUCCCUCUCAGCGAGGCUUAGUGACAAAUCAGUCCCUCAGACAGCUCAACGGUUCCAGUUCUCACAGGUCUUGGGGCCAGAAACCUCUCAGAGGGAGAUGUUUGAUGGCACAGUGAGAAGUCUGGUCAAGGAUGUUUUGGAAGGUGGAAAUUCUCUGGUUUUCACAUAUGGAGUCACAAAUGCCGGAAAGACAUUCACAUUUCUAGGUCCAGAGACCAACGCAGGGAUCCUCCCAAGGUCUUUGAAUGUCAUCUUCAACAGCAUUGAGGGCCGUGUUUACGACCAGAUGACUAUCAAGCCACAGCGAUGCAGAGAGUUUAUCAGGCUCACUAAAGACCAGCAGAGUGAAGAGGUCACUAACAAGAGAAAUCUCUUCAGGUUCCUCAAGGAGAGUGAUAACCAGAAAAGCUCCACCAACCAGACAGGCUCCACCAGCCAGACAGGCUCCACCAGCCAGACAGGCUCCACCAGCCAGACAGGCUCCACCAGCCAGACAGGCUCCACCAGCCAGACAGGCUCCACCAGCCAGACAAGCAAGACAACCCUGCAAGGGUCCGCACUAAGUGACAUUGAAAGGACUGUGACUGAAGACUCUUUCAGUCUGGUUGUUGAUGCACACACCAAGUUCUCCGUCUGGGUGUCCUUCUGUGAAAUCUACAACGAGAAUAUUCACGACUUGCUGGAGCCCGUACCGAUCGGGGCCCUGAAGAGAUCCACGCUGCGGCUGUCGCAGGAUGUCAAAGGCAACUCCUUUGUAAAAGAUCUGAAGUGGGUACAAGUGAACAACGCGGAGGAAGCCUACAAGGUGAUGAAGCUAGGAAAGAAGAACCAGAGCUUCGCCAGCACAAAGCUCAACCUCCUCUCGAGCAGGAGCCACAGCAUAUUUUCUGUUCGUAUCCUGCGGAUUGAAGAUGCUCGGAUUCCUCGCGUUAACGCUGUCAGUGAGCUGUCCCUGUGUGACCUGGCUGGGUCAGAGCGGUGCGCUAAAACGCAGAAUAAAGGGCAGCGUUUGAAAGAGGCUGGAAACAUCAACACAUCGCUGAUGACGCUGGGCAAGUGCAUCAACGCCUUACGCCAAAGCCAGCAAUCCAAGCUACCACAGCACAUCCCUUUCAGGGAGAGCAAGCUCACCCACUAUCUGCAGGGCUUCUUCUGUGGGUGGGGCAGAGCCUGCAUGGUAGUCAACAUCAACCAGUGUGCCUCCAUGUACGACGAGACGAUCAACGUGCUCAAGUUCUCCGCCGUGGCUCAGAAGGUGGUGGUGCUGACAACCAAGACCGUCCCCCAUCUCGCCACCAAGACGUCGGCCCGGGAACUGUCCAUGAUCGUCGACCACGCAGACAGGAAGAACCUGUUGGGUCGGCGGAGAAGGAGCUCCCUGGUUGGCUGGGAGACCAGUCUGGAGGAUGUGCAGGAGGAUGUUGAUGACAUGGAAGAGGACAGCGUGAUUGAGGAGACCAUGCAAGAAGUGGACGAUGACAAGUUUCUCAUCGAUAAAGAUGCUUAUGAGAGCCAACUCCUCCAACUCCGGGAACAGCUCCAGAAAGAGAGGUCUGAAAACCUGGCUCUGGAAUCCCGGAUCCGGGACGAGGUCACCAAGGAGUUCUCGGAGCUCUUCUCUGAAAUGCAGACCGACUACAAGGAACGUCUGGCCAAAGAGAAGGAGAUUGUCGAGGAGAGAGCGGAGAGGCGUCUAGAGAUCCUGAAGAAUCUAGUGAACAAGAACACCAGUCAAGAGGAGCUGGAAAGAACCGAUGGAGAACUGGACAGAGCAGAAAGAGCCACGAAGGACAGCUCGUCGUUGGGAGGCAUGUUUGACUCCAUGUGCAGUGACCUGGCAGGCAUAAAGAUGGCGGCUGAGACGGCCAAGACAUUUCUGGUGGUCGCCCACCCAAGUAGUGACACCGUCUCCAACCUCUCAGAGCAGCUGCCUGUCAAAACCAAUGAACUGGAAAAUUAUUGCAGACGAAAACCGCAAUCAAACGAACAUCUUGACGAGGCUAGAAAGACUCUGGAGUCUCAGGAGCUGAAGUUCUCCGACCUCGUGGAGUUGUGUCAUGAGAAGGAUGAGAUGAUUUCCUCGCUUCAGAACACCGUGGACCAGCAGGUCAAAGACACUAUCAAGGAUAAGACGACAUUCCACAGCAACAAGGAUGAGCUCCGGCGUCUGAAGAGCAGCUGCACUUGCUCCGGCGGGGAGAAGCGCAGCUCUCGCACAGAGAGCCGCAAACGGCUGGUGGACCUCCAGCCGGACCUGGAGGAACAGCCCCCUAGAAAGAAAGGAUUCCAUGGGGAGGGUAGUGGAGAGGAAGAGGAGAAGAUGGACAGAUUGCGCUGGGAGCAGGAAGUGAAAUCCUCAGAAGUGGCGCGACUAGUAGAGACUCUGCAGCUUGAUCGGUUAGCACACGGAGAGGGUGACUGGAAAGUGCAGGAGAAGAAUAUCUCCUGUAUGGAGGAACAUGAGCUGAAAGCUGAGCUGGAGGCGCAGACGCGUGCUGGUGAGGAAGCCCUGUCCGUGGUGGUGGUGGAGGAGCGUGGAGGGAGAAUGCCAGGCUACUCCAGGAACAGGGGGGAAUCCCAGGAUCUAACUGGGAAGCUGCAGGCAAUGGAGAGGGAGGUCAGUCUGCAGACAGCCAGAGCAGAAAAAGCUGCCGAGGACCGACAGGCCACGCAUGACCACGAGCUCAGAGAGAAAGCUGCCCUCAUUGACUCCCUGAAACAGGAAGUAGCAUGCCUAGGGCAGGAAGUCGUGGCCUCUCAAGCUGCGUCGGGAGUACAAAGGGACAGCAGGCUUCUCAGAGACAAGAUGGCGGAACUGAAGAGGGAAUGCUCAGAGGCCCUGGAGGAGAGGCUCCUGCUGAAAGAGAAACUGGCCCAACAGCAGAAAGAGAAACUGGCCCAACAGCAGAUCUCAGAACAGGAGUUGAAGGAGCUGAAAGAGAAACUGGCCCAACAGCAGAUCUCAGAACAGGAGUUGAAGGAGCUGAAAGAGAAACUGGCCCAACAGCAGAUCUCAGAACAGGAGUUGGUGGAGCUGAAAGAGAAACUGGCCCAACAGCAGAUCUCAGAACAGGAGUUGGAGGAGCUGAAAGAGAAACUGGCCCAACAGCAGAAAGAGAAACUGGCCCAACAGCAGAUCUCAGAACAGGAGUUGAAGGAGCUGAAAGAGAAACUGGCCCAACAGCAGAUCUCAGAACAGGAGUUGGAGGAGCUGAAAGAGAAACUGGCCCAACAGCAGAAAGAGAAACUGGCCCAACAGCAGAUCUCAGAACAGGAGUUGGUGGAGCUGAAAGAGAAACUGGCCCAACAGCAGAUCUCAGAACAGGAGUUGGUGGAGCUGAAAGAGAAACUGGCCCAACAGCAGAUCUCAGAACAGGAGUUGGAGCUGAAAGAGAAACUGGCCCAACAGCAGAUCUCAGAACAGGAGUUGGUGGAGCUGAAAGAGAAACUGGCCCAACAGCAGAAAGAGAAACUGGCCCAACAGCAGAUCUCAGAACAGGAGUUGGAUGAGCUUAAAGAGAAACUGGCCCAACAGGAACUGACCUUGGAGCAGCUUAAGGCGGAAAUGGAGGCUAAAGAAGAGGCCCACGUUGACAGAAAAAACUCUGUAGCUGAGCGAGAGACUGCUGAGGGGCUGAGGAAACUAAACUCUGAUCUGGAGGUUGAGGUUGCGACCUUGAAGGGAAAGAUGGCCUAUCUGGAGGAAGAGGAGCGCACCCGCCAAACAGAGAGGGAGGUGUCCCAAACGGAGAGAGUGACAGAGUUGGAGAAGAUACUGUUCGACAAGGAGGCGGAGGUGUCGGGCCUGCAGAGGAGCCUGAGGGAGGCGCAGCAGAGGUGGGAGGAUGAGGAGACCGCUGCGGUGCAGGAGGCUCGUAGGAGGGAGGUGGAGAGGAGGAGGGAGCUGCUGGCCGUGGCUGAAGAGGCCAUCGCUCAGAAGGAUGCUGAGCUGAUGAAGAGAGCCCAGGACAUCACCAGAUUGAAGGAGACCAUUAAACUUGACUCGGACAAAGUGAAGAGUUUGAGCCUGGACCUUGAGAGGAAAGACGAUGACGUUUCUGAUCUGAAAGAGAAGCUGGCCGACUCUAAAAAACAGAUACAGCAAGUUCAAAAGGAGAUCGUCUUGGAGAAAUCUCUCAAACUGAAACUGCUGGACUUGGAGAAAGUGAGGAAACAGCUGCAGGCAGACUUGGCCAACAAAGACCGGACCAUACAACAACUGAAAUCUGAACGUUCUGCUGACUCGAAGUCUGAGGAGAACCUAAAGCUCUAUCAGAACGCCUGCAACGACCUUCAGGCUAAGGAGCGUUUGAUUGAGGACAUGCGUCUGGCUCUGACUGAGCAGGAGGACACCCAGACCCAACAGGAGCAGGUGCUGGAGGCUAAACUGGAAGAGAUCGACGCCCUCACAGAAGAGGUGGAGAAAGUGAAAGGGCUGUUACGCUACCAGGACAAUAGAAAAGACACUGCGGCCCUGAGAGACGGCCAAUCGGACGAAGCCAAAUUAGCCAAACAGGAAGCCGUUCAGGCUCAAGUGACCUUGAAGCUGUGCACUGAGAAGCACCAGGCUGACAGGAGGAAGUGGCUUGAGGAGAAGAUGGUUCUGAUCCGGCAGGCCAAGGAGGCCGAGGACAAGAGGAACCAGGAGAUGAGGAAGUUCGCAGACGGCCGUGAGCGACACGCCAAACAGCAAACCCAAGUGGAAGAUCUCGUGGCCCAGCUCGGUGAGAAGGAGCAGGACCUAGUGAAGUGGAGGAAAGAGAGGGACUCCCUGGUGACCGCUCUGGAGGUCCAGCUAACCAAACUCCUCUCCAACAUCGCAGACAAGGAUGAACAGAUAGCCAGUCUCCGCAGCAACGCCACCUCUCAGCCAGCAGAGAGGCACCAUGGCCAGGUGGAGGUUGAGGAGCUGCAGAGCCUUCUGUCUGAGAGAGACGCUGAGAUCCUUAAGCUGAAGGAACAACUGAAAGCUGUAGCCAAAGCAAGUGGAAACGUCUCAUCCGCGCCUCCCACUAAGCCCAGAGAGACCGGCACUCUGGUGAGUGGCAACUUCUCAUCCGCGCCUCCCACUAAGCCCAGAGAGACCGGCACUCUGGUGAGUGGCAACUUCUCAUCCGCGCCUCCCACUAAGCCCAGAGAGACCGGCACUCUGGUGAGUGGCAACUUCUCAUCCGCGCCUCCCACUAAACCCAGAGAGACCGGCACUCUGGUGAGAGGAAAUGUCUCAUCCGCGCCUCCCACUAAGCCCAGAGAGACUGGCACUCUGACUAAAGCAAAGGAGUGCCCUCCCCAAGUCAGUGAGAGAACUCUCCACGACGAAAACAGUGAACUAGUACAUGGAGUGAAGACUGAGCAGAGGACCAGUCAGGGGUCUGGGGGCUACCCGUCGGUGCUAGACUCCUCAGAGAUCAUAACGGAGGGAGGCAGGACCAGACGCUUCCCCAAGCCUGAGCUCGAGAUCUCCUUUAGCCCGCUGCAGCCCAACAGGAUGGCCCUGAAACGCCAGGGAGAGGAUGUGAUCAACGUCAAAAUCACCCGCAAGAGGAAGAGCUCUGAGAUCGACAAGAAGAAAGGUUGGCACAGUAGAGCUAAACAGAGAGCAACACGUGAGCUCUCAUCUCAGGAUGAGGUGAACAACGAGAACCGAAGGAACACCAGAACCCGGAUUCAUUCUAAACUGGCUGUACAUCAAGAGGAGACCUCUCCGGCGAGGGGCAGUAAAGACCCGGACUCCAUUAAGCCCCAGGACUCCCAGUCCAGCCUUCGGAGCAGGAAAGAAGGGACGAUGCAGAAGAUCGACGACUUCCUCCAGAGGUCCCCAACGUUUUUCGGUAGCAAGGCUAAAAAGAUAAUGGGAUUGGUGAGUGGGAAAUCCCCAGAGACGGAGGAGGGCGGGGCCUCCAUGAACUUCAGACCCAAGAAGUCCAAGAGGAAGCUUUACAGACCAGAGAUCUCCUCCCCCGUGAACUUCCCCUCCCACCCGAUCAUCAGUGGUAGUCCAGACGAGAGAGAAGGGGACCAUCUCAUCAUCAAGAGAAAACUCCGGACUAGGACGGCUAAAUGACUUCUCUGUUCCACAGCGACGAUGUCAUCCAUGCUGCUCUUGUGGUAAACAGGGAAAUGAAAUCAUCCAUUUUGUUGGUGUAAUGAAGGAUAUGCUGAGUUUUUUUUUGUUUUUUUUAACAACUUAAUAUCGGUUAGGUAGUUUUCAUAUAGCCUUCAUUUAUCCCUUUUAAUUUAUAUUUGAUUUUAUUUCUAUAUAUUUUGCUUUAACACUAUCAUUUAUGGACCAAGAAUGUUUUAUUCUCAGUCCAGAACAUUUUGGUUAUGUACUCCUCUGAAGAUGUACACGUCAACGAUAUUCAUGUAAAAAUAAACACAAGAUGUUUUUUUUUUUUUUUUGUGCAUAAUGAAUGUUUUACUAGGGACAACCACUACCGAAUCCUAUUUUGGUGGUGAACGUGUUGAUUAAUGCAUGGUGUAACAUAGAUAUAGAGCCCCUGUUGAAUCAGCGUCGUAUCUGGGCCAAGACAGAACAUCAUUACGAACUGCUUUUUUCGUUUCACAUGGUUAAACAUUUCAAUUACUGCAUUUAGUCUAAAUACAGUAAAUGUUUAUCUCUGAAUCUACCAUUUUUUUUUAUUUAACCCGACCCCUUUGACUGCUAUUUAUAUAUAAUACUGUACUGCUGACAUAUUCCAUGGUGAGUUAAUAAAAAAACACUACUAUUGCUCCAAAUAA